GAGUUUCAAGGUAAGAAUGUGGGUCGUGACAAGAAGAGAGAUCCGUUUUCUCUCUCUCUCACUCUGUAUUUUUCUUUGCCUCUUUCCAUGGCUACACGGCUUGUCCCUUUCACUGCCGCACUUCCUUCUUCUCCUUCCUUUCUUCUAAUUGAAAUAAACCCAGGAAAAACCCUGCUCAGAAAGUUAAAUCCAUUCUUAUAGAAACUAAUUCCACCCCAGUAUUUUAAUGGCGCGCUUUUGUUUUAUUACAUAAAAGCCCACCACCACAUUUCCCCAAAAUUUGCAGCUUUUCUUUCCCCCAGAUUUGUUGUCAUCUGGCUGGCAGCGCUUAAGUCCAUUGGAACAGCAGCAAGACAUCCUUCCUCCCCUACCUGCUUUCGACUGAGAAGCAAGCAGCAACGCAGCCAGGAAGGGAAGAAAGGGGGAAAACCAACAAAAUCCCUCCCCUCCUCCCUCUUCCAACCCACUUCCAUGGCUGCUGCAAGUAUGAUGCUUCCCAUUAGCAUCUGCAUUCUCUUCCUCCGCUUCUUCUCUUCCUGUUCUCUCCUCGUCAAUGCUGUCGAUUCCCAGUUCUUCAAUCUCACUCUCAAGCACCAGCACCCCUACCCAGAUUCUAUCGCUCAAGAUGUGCAGAGGCAGGUCAAUGAAUCGCUAUCGAGGAGGCUACUCUUGUCCACACAGGAAAAAGACCUCUGUCAAACGGGCAACCCGAUCGACGACUGCUGGCGGUGCGACCCGAACUGGGCCCAAAACCGGCAGCGCCUGGCCGACUGCGGAAUCGGGUUCGGCCGGGGAGCACUAGGCGGCCGCGGCGGCCAGAUCUACGUCGUCACCGACUCCUCCGAUCACGACCCGGCCAACCCGACCCCUGGAACCCUCCGGUACGGCGCGAUCCAGGACGCGCCCCUCUGGAUCGUCUUCGCCUCCGACAUGACGAUCAAGCUCAAGCACGAAUUGAUGUUCAACAGCUACAAGACCGUCGACGGCAGGGGAGCCAGCGUCCACAUCACCGGCAACGGCUGCCUGACGCUCCAGUACGUGAGCCACGUCAUCAUACACAACAUUCGGAUCUUCAAUUGCAAGCCGUCGGGCAACACCAACGUCGCGGCGUCCCCGACCCACGUCGGAUACAGGGGGAGAUCCGACGGCGACGGGAUCUCGCUGUUCGGCGCGCAGAACGUCUGGAUCGACCACUGCACGCUGUCGUCGUGCACCGACGGCCUGAUCGACGCAAUCAUGGGGUCGACGGGGAUCACGAUCUCGAACAAUUACUUCUCCCACCACAACGAGGUGAUGCUGAUGGGCCACGACGACAAGUACGCGCUGGAUACAGGGAUGCAGGUCACCAUCGCGUUCAAUCGGUUCGGCGAGGCGCUGGUGCAGCGGAUGCCCCGGUGCCGGCGAGGGUACAUACACGUCGUCAACAACGAUUUCACUUACUGGCAGAUGUAUGCAAUCGGCGGUAGCGCUAGUCCGACGAUCAACAGCCAGGGGAAUCGGUAUAUCGCCCCCGCCGAUGCCGACGCAAAAGAGGUAGUGACGAAGCGCGUGGAUACAAGCGAGGAUUGGACAGACUGGAACUGGAGGACGGACGGGGACAUAAUGGUAAAUGGAGCGUUCUUCGUACCGUCGGGAGCGGGGAUGAGCGUUCAGUAUGAAAAGGCUUCGAGUUUGGACCCGAAGUCGGCUGGGCUUGUGGACCAGCUCACCUUAAACGCCGGCGUACUAAGUGGGCCCAGGUUCGAGUUAGCGCGGUUAGAGGGAUUAAAGAGCAAUUAAGCGAAUGAUGAAAGUUUAGGAACAUAAUAAUGGAUAGUGGUUAGAUUGGCAUGGUGCAGAAAUAGGAUGGCAGCAUGUCUUGUAUCAUUAUUCAUUGUAUUCAUUAAUUUGUUUGAUGCUGAAAGGACAGAUCUUUGGAACUUUUAGUAUGCUAAGAUCAGUUUUCUUAAAACAAAAAGCAAGGCAAGCUGAGCUCAGAUAAGCUGUAUGUUUUGUAGGAAAGAUCGCAACUUUUUGGGUGCCAACAAAAUUGAGGUGGGAAAUGGAGGUGUAGUAUAUAGUUUUAGUAGUGAAAUGAUGGAAACAUAUAUAUAUAUAUAUAUACUACUUGGUCUGUAGUUGGAGGGCUAAUUAGGAAGGGUGAUCCCUUCCAUUUUGGGACCUACUGUCCUUCCUUCCCCAAAAUUGGACCACAUGUUGCCCUUACUUACAGUAACAGUUGGAAUUUGGAACCAGCCAGCCCAGCCAGCUCUGGUUCAGUGGUUGCCUUUGAUAAUUCUGGUGUCAUGUUGGUUUCACCCAGCCUGUUGUUCUUCUCCCUGUAGAUUGAUUCCCUAUCUACCUGCCUUCUGACCACCACCACCACCACCUCCUUCAAUAAACUACAAUAUUAAAAAGCAAAAAAAUAAGAAGAGGGUAUCAUUUUGUUUCUUCUUCUGAUUCUUGACAACUACCAUCCACACCUUUGGAAACCUUCCUUUCUGUUAAUACAGUAUUGUUGUUAGGAUUAAAAGAUGGUUAUGUCCUGCUAAAUCAAAACUUUUUGAGCUCUAAUCCCAAUAUAAGCAGCUAGAUUACUCCUUUUCAUUGAUAUCAUCAAGCUUUUUCCUCCUUUCUUUUCCUUGUCUCUUGCAUCCAGUGCACAUGUUGCUGCCCUCCCUAGACUGAUUCCAUUCCAUGCUUUCUCAACAUCUCUUGGAAUGGUUGGCUAAGUAGUCUUCCUGCCGAAUACUUUAGUAUCUUCCUUUUGCUCGUGUAUUUGCAUGUGGAUUUGGGUCACAUGGUCUUGGCUAAGUACCAGAUAAUAAGAAGUUAAGAUAGAUUCCAAAUCAGGGUAAAAGAAAGAAAUGGAGCUACCUACAAAAGUUUUGCUUUUUCUCUUUAUGGUGUUCUUUAGAGGUGCAUAUGGAUUUAGGAGAUGUAAAGCUAGAGGAGAGUUGGAAAAAUAGAGAGACCCACACCAUCUAUCUAGGUCUUGUACCAGUGGCAUGUUGGUAUAAUGGGAAGGUGACUCAGUUUAUAUUCCUCCUCCCUUUUCCGCUUUCCAGCCAUUGUACAAGCAAGUUGGUAGUGUAGUGUGUGUGUCCCCAGUUCCAUGCUGUCCAUCCAAUUGUGGGGAAGGUGGGGCCUGGGUUUCUGAUUUGAAGUUAACUUGACAGUAGUACCAAAAAGCUCCAUUGCUGCAAUAUCAAACUUUCAGUAACUUAAGCAGCAUGGUGAACUGAAAACUUUUCCCCAAUAUCUGCUGCUCAUUCAGUUAUUCUUUCACUUGAAUGCUUUGGCUAGUUUUUUAGUGGGGAGUAGGAAAAGCAAAAGAAGCCAUCUUUUUCCACUCUGGCAGCUGUGUAUUCUUUUUCUGUUUGUUCACACUUUCUUAAAGUUCUAUACCAAACAGAUCUUAUUCCUUAUCCUGCCCAGUGUAAAGAUCUUAUCGCAUUUUGCCGUAUCUACUCGAUCUGCUUAUCUUUUUCCAUGUUUAACCUUUUACCCUGCACGGUAACUUAAAAUAUAUUCCCAGAACUUGAUGUUCACAAUGCAGUAAAAACAACAUAUGCAUUGCAUAUAGUAGAUCAGAAAUGAUUCUCCGUGUGUGGUGUCCAGCUGGAAGUUUCCAUCAUUUCCAAUCCAACCUGUUUUAAAACUUUUAACAGUAGUGAUACAUUUCAUAUCAUGGUUCUUCCAUCUCUCCACAUGGUCCACUGUCCUAUGUGUUCCCAUUUCCCACCGUCAAACCGACGGGGUAUUUGCAACCAUCUCUCACUGCACUAAUCUAGGAGACACAACUCUUGGAAUUGUGCACAUCGGCCUGUGAUACCCAACUCAAGAGUGAAAGUUUUUGUCUUUAUUCCUGUAGCAUGCUCGUAGUAACAAUCCAACGAUAUCAGUAUGCGUUAGAAUCGUCCUUGUUCAAACUUAUCGUACUUUUGUCAACUCUCCAGUUGUACUGUGGAUGGUGGAAUACAGGGGAGGUGACGGCGAAACCAGGAUUCAACGGCGGCGGCGGGCCCGGGACGACGACCUACACCGGGUCCCCCGGCGGCAAGAGCGGCGGCGACGGUGAUGGGAAUUUCUUUGGGAUGAUAUUCGGGAGCGGGGCGGCGCCACCCACUAAGGCUGCCUCUGCCUCUGCCUCGUUGGUUUUGUCCCUUUCGAUUAUUUUAAUUUUGUACACCGACUGUUGGGGGGAUUCAUUCUCCCCCUUCUUCCCAUUGUUAUAGAACGCACCGCAGUUUGGACAGCUAAUGCGAGAGAAGAAAAAGAAAAAGAAAAAAUACACGGAAGGAAACUAACAGGAAAUUCAUCACCUGGAAUAUGUACAUAUUCUACCUAUAUACAAAAACCAAGUCUCAUCCCCGAAAUUGCUUCAGGUGCUUCCCCAUCAAAGCACGCUUAGAGGACAGAGGUGGCCAAACAUACGGAUUCAUACAACUCUAUAUUUGGAUUUUUGGUCCUCCAUUUUGUUUUGUGUUUGAUGCAAUCCUAC